AUGAGUCGUGGUUUAAAAUUUGAGCGUCUACUUCAACGUCUCGAAACAUGUUCUAAAAGUAUCAUGUACCGCGAUGAAAUCAAUUUGCUUGCACAACGAAUUAAACAAAUGGACUCAAUUAUGAGACCACUUCAAUUUUAUCCGACCUAUGUUUUCGAUGACACAAAGCAUGUAGUAGAUGUGGUCGCUAAGGAAUAUCUUGACAAAGCGACUGUUGACAUACAUCACCUUGUUCCUGCUGACGUUCCUGGAGAUGGAAAUUGUUUAUAUAAUUCAAUUGUUCUUUUGAUGAAUAAUCCACUAGUGACAGCUAGUGAAUUGCGAGUUCGAACUGUUAUUGAACUUAUAACUAAUGAAAACUAUUACGAUGCCAUGUGUGCACAAUAUGCAGGAAAUACCGAUAUUAUUAUUCAAGCAGCUUGCAAAAAGGGAAUGUAUUCUGAAAUACACGAAGUUGCUGCAUUAUGCAAUGUAGUACAAUGCAACAUCCGAAGUGUGUUUCCAAGAAUUGAUUUUGAAUACUAUAAAGCAAUUUGGGAUAGCGUCUUUGCACCUAUUUCACCUGUUAUUGGAAAUUGUACCAUUGUAAUCUUAUGGUCAAGUACUUUGCACGAAAAAGAUGUUCGAGAAACGUAUGGUGGCACAUGGACACCAAAUCAUUUUGUUCCACUUCUGUCCCCGCCUAUUCUUAAUGAAGUCAACAGUCAAUCAACAUCACUUGUUGUAACACCUGAAAAGAGAACUGUCAAAAACAAUAGUAUUACCCAAAUAAGAAUACCUGAAUUUCAAUCUUCUCCGAGCAGACGACGACGAAAUGAAAAUAACACCGGCAAUGAUUUCAUUCAAACAGACGUUUCAAUGGAAAUGGAAACAGAAAAGAACGAUAAGAAAGAAAGACGUAAAAUUCAACUUCAGAAGAAAAGAGAACGAAGUCGAUCCACUCGAAUGAACGAAACAGCAGAGCAACGAGAAAUUCGUCUACAGAAAGACGGAGAACGAAGUCAAACCAAUAGAACCAAUGAAACAGAAGAGGGACGUAGAAUUCGUCUACAGAAAGAAAAAGAACGAACUCAAGCAAAUAGAGCUAAGAAGAAGCACAAAACUAUUAGUGGCGGACAAGACUUUAUUCGCUCACUUUGGCCUGAACCAAUUUCUCGGGAUUUAAAAGAAACUCGUUUGCAGCAAUUUCUAGAACAGAUGUCUAUGUUACAAUUAGCUGAGGUCAUUUGUGCAGUUUGUAAUAUUCGCACUCCAGCAAAAGACUCGAAGAAAAUAUCCAUCUCAAAAAUUCCUAAUAUGGAUUUGCUGAAAGUUUCUGAAGAACUCAGAAUUCUAAUUAAAAAUUCAAUGGAAAAUACUGUCACUCACAUUGAUGAUAAUAAUACACAUACAACAUCACAUAUUAAAAAUCAGUCAAAUUUUGGUUCGUCAUCUUUCUUCUGUGAAAACGAUAUUAUUUUGUACAAAAAUGGCUUGCUUGAAACAAACAGAAUAGGAAAUAUGAAUAAACAAUGCGUUUUUUGCACUAUGUUGUGUGCAAGUUAUUGUUGCUCACAAUGUCAUCAAAUGAAUCGUGGUUUAAAAUUUGAGCGUCUACUUCAACGUCUAGAAACAUGUUCUAAAAGUAUCAUGUACCGCGAUGAAAUCAAUUCACUUGCACAACGAAUUAAACAAAUGGACUCAAUUAUGAGACCACUUCAAUUCUAUCCGACCUAUGUUUUCGAUGAAACAAAGCAUGUAGUAGAUGUGGUCGCUAAGGAAUAUCUUGACAAAGCGACUGUUGACAUACAUCACCUUGUUCCUGUUGACGUUCCUGGUGAUGGAAAUUGUUUAUAUAAUUCAAUUGUUCUUUUGAUGAAUAAUCCAUUAGUGACAGCUAGUGAAUUGCGAGUUCGAACUGUUAUUGAACUUAUAACUAACGAAAACUAUUACGAUGCCUUGUGUGCACAAUAUGCAGGAAAUACCGAUAUUAUUAUUCAAGCAGCUUGCCAAAAGGGAAUGUAUUCUGAAAUACAUGAAGUUGCUGCAUUAUGCAAUGUACUACAAUGCAACAUACGAAGCGUUUAUCCAAGAAUUGAUUUUGAAUACUAUAAAGCAAUUUGGGACAGCGUCUUUGCACCUAUUCCACCUGUUAUUGGAAAUUGUACCAUUGUAAUCUUAUGGUCAAGUACUUUGUACAAAAAAGAUGUUCGAGAAACGUAUGGUGGCACAUGGAGACCAAGUCAUUUUGUUCCACUUCUGUCCCCACCUAUUCUUAAUGAAGUCAACAGUCAAUCAACAUCACUUGUUGUAACACUUGAAAAGAGAACGGUCAAAAACAAUACUAUUACUCAAAUAAGAAUACCUGAAUUUCAAUCUUCUCCGAGCAGACGACGACGAAAUGAAAAUAACAUCGGCAAUGAUUUCAUCCAAACAGAAACUUCAAUGGAAAUGGAAACAGAAAAGAACGAUAAGGAAGAAAGACGUAAAAUUCAACUUCAGAAGAAAAGAGAACGAAGCCGAUCCACUCGAAUGAACGAAACAGCAGAGCAACGAGAAAUUCGUCUACAGAAAGACAGAGAACGGACUCAAGCCAAUAGAAUGAUUGAAACAGAAGAGCAACGAGAAAUUCGUUUACAGAAAGACAGAGAAUGGACUCAAGCCAAUAGAAUGACUGAAACAGAAGAAAGACGAGAAAUUCGUCUACAGAAAGACAGAGAACGAAGUCAAACCAAUAGAGCCAAUGAAACAGAAGAGGAGCGCGGAAUUCGUCUAAAGAAAGACAGAGAACGAACUCAAACCAAUAGAACCAAUGAAACAGAAGAGGGACGUCGAAUCCGUCUACAGAAAGAAAAAGAACGAACUCAAGCAAAUAGAGCUAAGAAGAAGCACAAAACUAUUGGUGGUGGGCAAGACUUUAUUCGCUCACUUUGGCCUGAACCAAUUUCUCGGGAUUUAAAAGAAACUCGUUUGCAGCAAUUUUUAGAACAGAUGUCUAUGUCACAAUUAGCUGAGGUCACUUGUGCAGUUUGUAAUAUUCGCACUCCAGCAAAAGACUCGAAGAAAAUACCCAUCUCAAAGAUUCUUAAUAUGGAUUUGCUGAAAGUUUCUGAAGAACUCAGAAUUUUAAUUAAAAAUUCAAUGAAAAAUAUUGCCAAUCACAUUGAUGAUAACAGUACACAUACAACAUCACAUAUUAAAAAUCAGUCAAAUUUUGGUUCGUCAUCUUUCUUCUGUGAAAACGAUAUUAUUUUGUACAAAAAUGGCUUGCUUGAAACAAACAGAGUAAAAAUGUGCAUCCUUUGUCAAAAAUGCCACACUUCGCUUUCGAAAGAAAAAAUACCGAAGUUUUCAGUUGCUAACAACAUGUGGUUAGGUGAUAUACCUAAAGAAUUACAAGGAUUGACGAUUCCAGAAGAGAAACUAAUAUCACUCUAUCGUCACAAUAGUUGUAUAAUAAAACUUCAAUCGCCUUUUCAUUCAACCACAACUGCUCAAACAGCAUUGAAAGGAAACUGUAUUACUUUCCUUCAAAAUGUACCAAAUAUCGUCACUAGUUUACCACUCACACUCUCUGAUCUUUGUGAUACGCUUAAAGUAAUCUUUAUCGGAGCUCGACCACCUGAUCGUCUUCAUCUUCGAAAGGUAUUAACCGUACGCAAGAAGAAAAUUACUGCAGCAUUACAAUGGUUGAAAAAAUAUAACAUACUUUAUCAGAACAUCAAUAUAAAUCUCGAUAAUAUUGCUCAAUGA